GGAUAAAACACGUGCUUCCGUAAACAAAUGUGGCGUGAUGAAAGCACACACGCACUGAUCAGACCAUUUAUCAAUGAUUGCCUUCAUUGAAGAAGUUUUAUUUAGCUGUUAAUAUGGAAGAUAUUGUAGUUUCUGCACCAGGAAAAGUAAUUUUACAUGGUGAACAUGCGGUUGUGUAUGGAAAGGUUGCCCUUGCCUCUGCUUUGAACUUAAGAACUUUUUUAAGAAUCAGAAAGAAAAAUGAUGGAAAAAUUUCAUUAAAUCUUCCUAACAUUGAUAUAAACACUUCAUGGGAAAUCAAAAACCUGAAGAAUAGAUUACAGCUUCCUCUUUGUGAUCCAUUAAAACCUAACUGUGUAGAAAAUGAAGUAUUAGACCAGUUAAAAGUGAUAGCUGGAAUAAGUCCUGAUUCUUCUCAAACAACUGAAUUAGCUCUCAUAGCAUUUCUUUAUCUCAUGGGUAGCAUAACAGUCACCUCAGGUGACUUACCAUCCAUUGAGGUUACAGUUUCGUCUAAUCUACCAAUAAGUGCUGGCCUUGGAUCUUCAGCUGGUUAUUCAGUCUGUCUAGCAGCAAGUUUGUUACAUUUAAAUGGCUUUAUAGCUUCACAAGGCAGUGGAGAUACUACUGGAUGGUCUAAAGAUGACAUGGCUUUAAUCAAUUCUUGGGCAUUUCAAGGCGAGAAAAUUAUACAUGGUAAUCCUUCAGGCAUAGACAAUUCUGUCAGUUCAUAUGGUGGUGCAAUAAGAUUUCAAAGUGGUAAAAUAAUGCCAAUAGAAAAAAUGCCAAAAUUAAGAAUAUUAUUAAUAAAUACAAAAAUACCUCGAAGUACUAAAAAACUAGUUGCUGUUGCAAGAGAUCUCUACAAUACGCUUCCCAAUAUCAUGCAGCCUAUAUUGGACAGUAUAGAAGCUGUAACAGAAAAAUGUCAGACAGUUCUAGCACAGUUAGUAAAUGAUGGUACAGAUGAAAAUUAUAAAACAUUAGAGAAAUUAAUAGAUAUAAAUCAACAUUUAUUAGAAGCAAUGGGAGUCAGUCAUCCAGCUUUAAAUAGUAUCGUCAUGGUAACUUGUAAAUAUGGACUCCAUUCUAAAUUAACCGGUGCUGGAGGAGGCGGAUGUGCCUUUACGUUAUUAAGACCAGAUACUACAGAAGAUAAAAUAACAAAUAUAAAGAAAGAAUUGAAUAUAUUGGGUUAUGAUUGUUGGGAGACAUCUGUAGGAGCUAAUGGUGUUAACAGACAUCUAGAUCUUAAUAGUUCAUUGUUUCCUUCAAAUUUAUUAUAAUCUUUAUAAAUCCUUAAGAUUAUAUUUCUUAGUCUUUAAGUUAAUGUUGUAUAAUCAUUGUCAUUUCUUCAUCACCGAUUUUAAACACUUAAUUUUGUAUUCCCUGUAUUAAUAAAACGCAAUAUGUAUUCUGCAAAGUCUGAUUAAGAGGUUAAAAUAGUGUUUAAACAGAUAUUGUCACAGGUGACAGUACUAUGUUUAAAUAGAGGUCAAAUGUGUUUUUCUAAGCAGAAAGUCACAUGCCAGGGUACAAACACCGACGAUCCUAAAACACAUUUGUUUAACAGAGUGCAUAAUUACACGAUUCAUUAUAUGUGUCAUUUAUAUAACUAUAUCCUGUUUUAAUAAACUAAAUUUUCUAUGUUAAUUUAUAUUUUACUGUUAACAUUUAUUUUCUGGUUGCGUGUUAUAACAAUUUCAUACGACAUCUGUUUGUUAAAGUUUGUAAAUUUUAAUCGUCAAAAAUAAUUAUGUUGGGUUAAAUACCCCUCACUGAACAAAUUAACAUUACCAUAUUUAUCAUUAAGGAUAUUAACUGUGUUUUUGUUGAGAGGUGGGGGCACGGUAGUUGGGAGAAGUCUAUUUUUUGUAAUAUUGAUAUAUUUGCCUAUUAAAUAUGUUCACGUUUUAUAUUUGUUGUAUUCAGAAUGUAUAUUUUAAUAAAUUAUUUAUUAUUUA